CAAAACCCCUUCCUUUUUCCUUUCCCUUUUUUCUUCCCUCUCAUGGCUUGUCGGCCAAUCAAACCCUGAACUGAACUACCCCCCCUUCUUCUCGUCGGACUCCGACUGUUUUCCAUUCUUUCUCUUUGUUAAUUUAUCUAUUUGCUUGUUGGAAUUGGUGGAGUAUCGUCUUCUCUGCUUUAUAUGCUUUCUUGUAUCUCGAGCACAUUUACAUUCUAACCUACUACUGAAGAAGAUCUCAACUCCAGAUUUAAAUUCACAAAAGCAAAAGAUUCAGAAAAAAAACAUGAUGUACGUGGUCCCUCCUCCCAAGCGUUCCGAUCCUUUGUCUGGAUCCACAAACGGGUCGGACAACUUGAGAAUUUACCAGACAUGGAAAGGCAGCAAUAUAUUUUUCCUUCAGGGUAGGUUUGUAUUUGGACCUGAUGUAAGAUCACUGGUGCUGACCAUAUUCCUCGUCGUAGCUCCUGUUUCAGUUUUUUGUGUUUUCGUUGCUAGAAAGUUGAUGUAUGACUUUGAUGACCACUGGGGAGUAUCAGUUAUGGUUGUGGCUGUUUUAUUCACAAUUCAUGUUUUAGUGCUUCUUCUUUUAACCUCCGGGAGGGAUCCUGGUAUCAUUCCUCGCAAUGCACAUCCUCCAGAACCAGAAGGUUUUGAUGGAAAUACCGAAGGUAGCGCCCAAACCCCACAAUUACGGCUGCCUCGUAUUAAGGAAGUUGAAGUUAAUGGUGCAAUUGUGAAGAUCAAAUAUUGUGAUACCUGCAUGCUUUAUAGACCGCCUCGCUGCUCACACUGUUCUAUCUGCAACAAUUGUGUUGAGCGAUUUGAUCACCAUUGCCCUUGGGUUGGGCAGUGUAUAGGUCUGAGAAAUUAUCGGUUCUUUUUCAUGUUUGUCUUCUCCACGACUCUACUAUGUAUAUAUGUUUUUAGUUUCUGCUGGAUCUACGUAAAGAGGAUCAUGGAUUCGGAGGACAUAACAUUAUGGAAAGCAAUGAUCAAGACUCCUGCAUCGAUUGUGUUAAUUGUCUACACGUUCAUAUCAGUGUGGUUUGUGGGUGGCCUCACUGCCUUUCAUUUAUAUCUCAUCAGUACUAAUCAGACUACAUACGAGAACUUUAGAUAUCGGUAUGACAGGCGAGCAAAUCCAUAUAACAAAGGAUUGGUAGAGAAUUUUGGGGAGAUAUUUUGCACUAGCAUCCCUGCAUCAAAGAACAGAUUUAGGGGGUACAUGCCAAGAGAAGCAGGAGGGAUUGGGGGUCGAUCAGGAUCGGUUGGUGGCGGUUUUGUGAGUCCAAACAUGGGGAAGGCUGUGGAGGACAUUGAAAUGGGAAGGAAGGCGGUGUGGGGUGGUGGGAUAGAAGGACAAGCGAGUGACAAUGAAGGGGGAAACAUGAAAGAAGUGGGAAUGGGUGAAUUGUCACCGGAGAUAAGAACAACGGUGGAUGAAGGGGAUCGUGCGAACAUCAUACAUGCAAGGCGGUCUAGUUGGGGAAGGAAAAGCGGGAGUUGGGAGAUGUCACCUGAAGUAGUUGCUUUAGCAUCGAGAGUGGGGGGUGGAGGUGGUAGUAGUAGUGGUGGGGCAGCAGUGAGCUCUCGGCCUCCAGAAGCGAAGUCGUGAGAGGUUGGGUUGGAGGGUUGGGUGUGGGUGUGGUUUUGUAAGACUGUUUUGUUGUGGGUGGUAUUAUUGAGCGUGUAUGUGGACUGUUUGCUCUUAGCUUGUACAUUAUUUAUUCUACCCUAAAAAACUCGUGGUUGAAUUGAAUUAA